CUUAUGUGGUAAUGGGCAGUUUUUUUCAUUCGUCUCUUCCUGAAUGGACAGGAAACAUAGUUUCUGGAGGGUGGAGGAACCAGCUGCAGAUCACCUACCUUUUGAUGUGUACUGAAGAGCGAGCCAACCUGAGAUACUACCAGCUCUUUCUGUAACCCUGAGAACUCGUUUGCAUCAUGAGGCUGCUGUUCCUUCUCUUUCUCCUCCUCGUGUGUCUUAUCCAGACAGAAUCAGGGUAUGAACAAAGGAGGAAAUAUCUUGAAUGUGAAAAAAUGGGUGGUUCCUGCAAGCACCAAAAAACCCAUGGAUGCUCCAUCCUAUCUGCAGAAUGCAAAAGUCGGCACAAACACUGCUGCAGACUGUAGUUGUAACACCUCGAGAGUCCUCAGGGUAGCAUAAGAGACUCACCAACUCUGACUUCUGCUUAAUAAAGACACCAACACUCCCAUGAACCUUGAAGCUGACCUUUCAG